CCAUUUUGUGCGGGGCUACAAAAGUGUUAAAAAUUAGCAUUUUAUUGAUUGCAAUAAGUAUACCGUGUUCUGUAUAUGUGUGCGCUAUAUAAGUACUACAUCUAUAAAUAUAAUCGGAAAUGAGGGCCGCGCGUCGGGGAAGCGACGUCGGGCGGAAUAAAUUACGGAAAAAAUGCCAAUCAAAUUGUAUUGUGUAAAAAAUACAGCAGCUUUUUCUUGAAAUAAGCGGUAUCAUUGGAAGACAAAUUUUCAAAAAUGGUCUGUUCUAUAUGCAUUAAGAGACUGGAGGGUGUUCAUCGCUUUGCAAUGAUGGCAUACCGUACCCAAGAAAAAUUGAGAUCACAGCUCUAUAAUAACAUUGACAAUACAAAUUCUGUACAAGAUGAUGAUGUACAGGAUAUUAAAGAUAUUGCAAAGAAGACGGAAGAUCGAGGAUUAUUACAUUCAAUAUUGACAAAAGGUGUGAUAGAAAUUUUAACUGAAGACGAACCACUGGGACCAUCAGAGUUAAAUUCCCAAGAGGACAAACGUCAUACUCCAAGUAUGGAGGAAAUGGAAGUAAAAGUGGAUCCAAUGUUAUUUUUACAAUGUGGUAUGGAACAAUCUGCAUCGGAAGCUUCCGAUUCCUCAGACAAUGAGGAAGAAAUAACAGGAACACAUUCACCUGAGCCACUACCUUUAACAAACAAAAAUAUUGAAGCAGAAGAAGAAGACGAAGAGAAAAAGGAUGAAAGCGAAUCUAAAUUGCAUGAGGACAAUGAAAAAAUUACAUCUAUCGCAUCAACCAAACCAUACGAAUGUACAAUAUGUGCUCGAUCUUUUAUAUCGCAAAUCGGUUUGCAAAAUCACUUAUGGUCACACUUACCCAAAGAAAGAAGAUUCGAUGGAAAGCCUAUUUUACGAUCUCAACAUGUUUAUUCCACAAAUGGUGUACUUCACACAAAUAGUGAUAACAAUUCGUCCAGCAAUUUCAUCUGUCCAAUCUGCAGUAAAAAGAUUUCUACAAAGGGAAAUUUAAAGGUGCAUUUAGAGACGCACAGGCCUAAGGGGAAAUAUGGAUGUGAUAUAUGUGGAAGAAUUUUUAAAACACAAUCGAACCUAUUCAGACACAAGGAAUAUCAUGGCGGCAUACAGUUUCCAUGUAAUGUAUGUGGGAGAGUGUAUCCGACGAAUUCGACGUUACGUGCCCAUAGCAUAACGCAUUCGGAUUUAAGACCGCAUGCAUGCCCACUUUGUGAUAAAACGUUCAAACGAAAUCAGGAUCUAAAAUUCCACAUAAAUCAGCAUACGGGUGCGAGGCCUUAUCAGUGUCCUUACUGUCCGAAAGCUUUCGCGAGCUCGGGCAACUGUUUUUCACAUCGUAAAAGAAUGCAUCCUCGGGAGGUUCAUCGGGAUCGACAAAGAGCGGCGGAUUUAAUGAGAUGAACCAUGGGUAGUCAGUACGAGGACUGGUCUUAGAAUCUCAGAUAAAUAUUCUGUCGAGUGAUGAUCGUAUAUUGAUCAUAUAUCAGUAUCUGUCGUAAACUUCAUUUCCAGAGAGUAACGGUGCUAAUGUAUGAAAACGAGAAAUUUUGUAUGCUUUAUUGUUUUUAACUUAUUUAUAUACAUUUAGCAUUAAGUAUGUUGUUGUUGGUAUUAUAUACUUUGUUAGUUAUUUAAUGAAUAUGUCUUUCUAUUGUCUGAUAAGGAUGUUUGUUAAUAUGAGAUAUUGGUAAACUUCCAUCGUUGUUAGUAAAUCUAGCGAUGAAGUACUUUACUAUAGAGAAAAUAAGUUUGAAAUUUCAUAGCCAGAUUUAAAUAUUGAUACUUCUAGUCUUAUUUUCGAAGCAAUUAUAUACAUAUUUAU